AUGAAGUCUCUGCAUCCUUUACCGUUACUCAUAUUCUUGUCUGAGACUAUGGUCUCAGGCGCCGUGAUUGAUCCACGAGUAUUUGCUCGGGAAACUCCUCCAUCAUCUUUGAUUACCACGGCGACCCAUACAAUACCUUGUGACACUUCAUCGUCAUUGAUGACCUCGUGGUACCCUACAACUACUGAUCAGAGUGCUUGUGAUUCUCUCAUCCAUACAUCUUCUACGUACCUCACUUGCCAAUCAUAUGUUAUCACUACGGAUACCCAACACGCUUCUAGUAUCACGACUGGACCGUCAAGUGGCUGCCUCAGUGAGAAGACAGUCACUGAAGCUGCUAAGACAGAUGCAACGUCGACCGAACGAUCUGCGUGCAAAUCCAGUGACAUCUCAACGAUCUCAAAUGUGAUUACAGGAAACUCUGCCAGUGGCUUCACCGCAAGUGACGGAAGUGUCGCUACGACUGACCCAUCUACUUGGAUUACUACUACCACCUUGAUCAGUAUCGUUCCCAUUAUGGCAACUAGCACGUUCAGCACGUCCAGUACAUCCGAGUAUGCAUCGUGGCAAACAGCCCCUUCUUUCACUUCUACCAGUUCACGUGAACCAUCAACAUUACCAACGGCACCAUCUUCUACUUCGUCUACUUCGUCCGCUGAAUCAACUACUACUAAACCUCCUUCUUCUACUCCCACCAGUACAAGUCCUUCCACUUCGCAGGCAAGCAGUAGUACCGCUCAAUCACCUCCUCCACCGAAUCGUUUCUUCGGCGAACUAACUUAUGAGCUAGGACAAUAUGUGAUCAUGUAUGACGAAACAGCCAAUAACAUGGAGUACAAAAGUCAAGCUAAGAAUAAUAAAGAACCAUGGAAACACACAAUGAGUUUACUAACUGAUAAUCCAAAUACCUCGAAGAGAAGAUUCGAAAUUUGGAUUCCUUCAAUUAGUGGGGCUUGGGGUCAUGGUGUAGAAGGGAGUAAACGUACUAGGAUAAUAUCAUGUGAGAUUACUUUCGAGCCUGGUAACGAAAAGAAUAAAGCUGCUUUCGCAGUUUGGAAUGGUGAACCACAUUAUUAUAAUGAUGAUCCGGAAAAUAAAGUUCACGGGGAUUGCAAAUUUCUCGAUCCCUAA